GAAGCACAAAAAAGAACUGUUUCAGUGUCAAGGAUCACUACAUACAGGCAACAUGACAAACAAGGUGAGGACAUUGCUGGUUCUUCUGCUGAUCAUCCUGAAGGAAACUGGACCAACCAAAGCCUGCAGCAGCAGCUGUUCAUCAGUGUGUUCCUGCAGCUUGAGAGGCCUCAGCAGUGUUCCUCAGGACCUGCCUACAACCAUCACAUGGCUUUACUUGCAAGGCAAUGCCAUUACAACAAUAGGGCAAUAUGACUUUUUUCCAUAUAGGAGUUUGGAAAGAUUAUAUCUAGGACAGAAUCAGAUCUCGAUGAUCCACGUCAGAGCAUUCCACAACCUGACCAGCUUAAUCGUAAUAGACCUUAGUCAGAAUCAACUGACCAGUCUUUCAGCUGACAUAUUUGAGGGACUGGGUAACCUACAGACCUUGGAUCUUUCCUCUAACCAGUUAACAAUCCUCUCAGCUGACAUAUUUCAGGGGCUUGGUAACCUACAGACCUUGCACCUUUACUCUAACCAUUUAACCAAUCUCUCAGCUGAUAUAUUUCAGGGACUUGGUAACCUACAAACCUUGUAUCUUUCCUCUAACCAGCUACCCCAUCUUUCAGCUGAGAUAUUUGAUGGACUUGGUAACCUACAGGACUUGAAUCUUCAGUCUAACCAGUUAACAAUCCUCUCAGCUGACACAUUUGUGGGACUUGGUAACCUACAGACCUUGGAUCUUGACAAUAACCAAUUGACCAUUCUAACAGCAGACAUAUUUGAGGGAGUUGGUAACCUAAAGAGCUUGUCUCUUGACUCUAACCAGUUAACAAACCUCCCAGCUGACACAUUUCAGGGACUUGGUAAUCUAACAACCUUAAGCCUUGCCCAGAACAAGUUGACCAACCUCUCAGCUGAUACAUUUGAGGGACUUGGUGACCUACAGACCUUGUCUCUUUCCUUUAACCAGUUAACAAACCUCCCAGCUGACAUGUUUGAGGGACUUGGUAACCUACGGUACUUGUUUCUUCAACGUAACCAAUUGACCAUUCUCCCAGCAGACAUAUUUGAAGGACUUGGUAACCUAGAGACCUUGUAUCUUCACUCUAACCGAUUGACCAGUCCCUCAGCUGACAUAUUUGAGGGACUUGGUAACCUACAAACCUUGUAUCUUGAUUCUAACCAAUUGACCAACCUUUCAGAUGAUAUAUUUGAGGGACUUGGUAACCUGCAGAUCUUGGACCUUUCCUCUAACCGAUUGACCAGUCUGUCAGCUGACAUAUUUGACAUACUAGCUUCCAUUCAACUGUAUAUUGAUAUUAACAACAACCCCUGGCAGUGUGACUGUAGGAUGCUUCCCUUUAAGCAAAAGAUGAACGGUUCUUAUGCAUUUGAAAGCCAGAUAACCUGUGCUGGACCUGGUAACUUUACUGGGAAAAGCUUACUAGAAGAGGUAAAUCGUGAAGAUCUGAUCUGUGAACAGACGUCAACAGUCUCCUUCUCAACUGACCCAUCUACUGUUGCUGAGGUUUCCACACCAACAUCUUCCACAAAACUCACAGCACACAUUGCUGUCACCUCACCUGACUUGUCUACAGUCAGUUCUUCCUCCCCUUUCAGUAGCACAGGAAAAUCAACACCACUGGCACCAAUGUCUUCCCCAACAUCCAGCAUAACAAGCAACACUGACACUUAUGGCUUGUCUACAGCUUCCCCUUUUGGCCAAACUGUAAAGUCAACAUCACAAACACAUUUGUCUUCCUCACUACCCAGUUCCAGCAUUUCUCGUAGUACAGAGUUAAGCAUGACAGAAAGCAAUGCUGCUCCUUCUUCUGAAUUCUUCUCUCUGCCAGUCUUCCUCAGUGGUUUUCUUGGCGUAGUGGCGGGAAUUUUCCUCUUGGGCAUUGUUCUAUUUGCAAGGUACAUGUACAAGAGGAGGACCAGCAAUCCUCCUGCAGACCAAAGUCCUGGUGUCGUGUUCAGCAACACAAACACCGCGACAGCUACUGUCACAAUCAGUGCUCAAAACCAGACAAGGCAUGGCACUUCACAAACAGAUGAUUCAGCAGAAUAUGAUGAUGUACAUUUGUAGCUAUUCAAUCAGGAAGUUCACAUGUACAUACAGGCCACAGGCAAGAUCGUUACAGUGUUGAAGGAGGUUAUGAGGUCCCACCCCCCUUGAGCUCCCCUCCCCCUAGAAAUGAAGCUGGUCAACAGGUUCACUACCAGAAUGAGUCAGUAGUUAUACAAUAAGCACGUGGUGCUGAUACAGCAAACCACUAUGAACCUCUGAGGUGGAACUGAACAGUGUUAAGUUAGCAGACAACCUGAAUAUAAUUAUAGCAUGAACUUGAUAGGGAGAACCAGAACUGGAAACUUAUAACCUUUUGUUUGCAUAGUA